CACGCCCAUCGGGCUGAGUGAACGGAGGGCCGGGGUCCCGGGGCCACCGGCGUGAAAUGUCGCGUGCUUUUGGUGCUCCCGGAUUCGUGGUCCCUGGGUAAAGGACUCGGCUGUCUGUAUUACCCUGGGGAACCUACUUAAGGAGAUUGGGGCGGCCCUGGGGAGGUAGGAGAGUCCUCCGCACUGUCCCAGAGCCGCGGACCGAGUGUCCUCCCUCAGUCCCGGAGCGACGCUGCGCCAAGCGGCCGAACACCGAAGAUGUGGAAGCUGAGCCGGAGCCGGGUGCUUCUGGACGAGGCCCCCGAAGACGAGGAUGGGUUUCGAGGGGCACAGCAGACUUCAGCUGCCGCUCCGGCGCCGGUGAGGGCACGCGUGGGGGCGCAGGGAGCAAGCCUCAGAGGUUGGAAAGAAGUGACUUCUCUGUUUAAUAAAGAUGACGAACAGCACCUGAUCCAGACGUCCAAAUCUCCCAAGUCCAAAGGAAGUAGUCUCCGACUAAAAGAGGAGUUGAAGGCGGAGAAGAAAUCAGGAUUUUGGGACACUUUGGUUCUGAAACAGAAUGUCCAGCCUAAAAAACCAGACCAGAUUGAAGGUUGGGAGCCUCCCAUACUUACUGCUGAGGACGUGGCGGCUGACACCGAGGAUGGCAGCAGUGGCUGCCCACCCUGGUCUGGCUGGGAGGAUGAUACCAAGGGCUCUACCAAGUACACCAGCCUGGCCAACUCAGCUAGCAGCUCCCGCUGGAGCCUCCGGUCAGCAGGGAAGCUAGUCAGCAUCCGGCGACAGAGCAAGGGCCACCUGACAGACACCUGUGAGGAGGUGGAAUGAACCGAAGGGGCUUCACUGUGACAUCACAUGCUUUUAGGGUUGGCCAAGCCUGGUGGCCCUUCCACUAGUACACCAUUAAUUUGUUGAGCCCUCUCGUAGUCAAGGAAAGGGAUCCGCUGA